AUGUCUGGCGCUCCUGUUCUCGAGAAACUCUCCUCAAACCGAGUCUUUGAAGGAGAGCUCACAAAGUACAAGUUCAAGUCCGCUGCUCUAGGAGGACUCGACGCACAGUUCAAUCUCUUCAUGCCCCUUAACCCCGGCGGUGCCAAGGUCCCCGUCCUGGUCUACCUCGCCGGUUUGACAUGCACAGAAGAUAAUGGAGCACAAAAGGGCGGCUUUUUCGGCGUCGCUGCCUCCCAAAACAUUGCGAUUUUGUUCCCAGAUACCUCGCCCCGCGGUGCAGGCGUACCGGGUGAAGACGACGACUGGGAUUUCGGCACCGGCGCUGGAUUCUACAUCAACGCAACGAAGCCCGAAUACGCGAAGAACUACAACAUGGCCACCCAUAUCACCGUCGAGCUCCCCAAGGUCAUAGAGGCAGCUGGCAUUGCCAUCGACUGGAAGCGACAAUCAAUAUUCGGACAUAGCAUGGGCGGACAUGGAGCUUUGACGCUCUACCUUUCAUCAACGACAAAACAGUACCGAUCAGCGUCUGCUUUUGCCCCCAUCUCCAAUCCCACCAAGUGUCCUUGGGGAGAGAAGGCAUUCAAAGGAUAUCUUGAAGGCGGGCUCCCAGAGGGUGCCAAAUACGAUGCCACGGAACUCAUCUCCAAAGCCACAGAACCCCUUCACAUCCUGGUGGACUAUGGAACUGGCGACAACUUUUACAAGCAAGGCCAAAUUCUUCCAGAGAACUUUUUGAAGAGCGCGCGUGAUGCUGGCUACGACGAAUUCCAAGUUCGGGUCAGAAGCCAAGAAGGCUACGACCACAGCUACUACUUUAUAUCGACAUUCGCAUCUGAUCACGUCCACUUCCACGCAAACUUCUUGAAAGCUAGGAAACAGCCAGGAAUAUAG